UGGGAUAUCCCUGUGUCAAGGUGUCUGGGGCAGAUAGAGAUGUUUGUGUGUCAUACACCCUGCUGAGCGCAGUGGGGUCCUGCACUUUAGCGCCGACGUACUUUCAGGUGGGUGUUCCCGCUCACGUCGGGCCCCUCAGUGAACUCGUCUUUUCGUCUGUCCCAGGUCAGUUUGUCUCCGGGUUCGACGAGGCUGACAGGGCGCUGAUCAUCCUGUUUCCAGUACUGGAGACCAGGUGGGAUUACCUGCACUCAGGGAAUGCAUUAAGUAGCUGAAAGCAGAGGUAAUUCAACAUCCAUGGAGAACAAUUUCACUUUUGAGGAGGGCAGCGACAUGUCAUAUGAAGACAAUGAUCCAGCCUUCCCUUCUGAUUUAAAACUAACUUCAGAAGGCCUGAACAACUUUAAUGUCGAAAGGAAUGAUGAAGAAAAAGAGGAAGAGACUGAGCCUCCUCCUGAAGCCAUUGUUAUUCCCAGUGAUUCAGACGCGUUUCUGAACGUGAACACCAAUGCCACCACCAGGGGGGAUGCUCAGGCCUAUGUGGAGUUAAAUGAGCUCCAGGGCAACAUCUGGCAGGAAACCAGCCGAUGGGUGGGCUAUGAGGAAAACCUUGACCCCAACACCAGACAGUGGGGUCCAUCUCAUGUCUCCUACCUCACCUUUAAGAGCUUGCUCCAUGUUCGCAGAGCGUUAAACACAGGAGCCAUCAUCUUCGACAUGAACGCCAGCACCCUGGCCUCUGUGGCUGAGAAAAUAGUGGACGAGCUGGUCAGCAAAGGUGAAAUCCGUCCCACUGAUCGAGACUCCCUGCUGAGAGCUCUCCUACUGAGACGCAGUCAGAAUGAGGGACCUGUGGUCACUCCGGCUGGAGACAUUCAAAUGCAAACAUUUUCAGUCAUAAAGAAGAGAGAUAGCUCGGACAAUAUGGAGGCUUCAAUUGUCCUCACAGGUAUGCUCGACCUCCUGCAGAAACCAGUGGUGGCUUUUGUCAGGCUGAGUGACACUGUGGUGAUGGAGUCUGUCCUCGAGUCUUCGGUCCCCAUUCGUUUUGUCUUCAUGAUGGUUGGCCCCUCCAGCAGUGAUCUGAACUACACUCAAAUUGGGCGAGCCAUGGGUGCUCUGCUAGCCGACUGGGUGUUCAGUCUGGAAGCUCACCUUGCCCAAACUGAGAAGGAGUUGAACACAGCGAUCGCUGACUUCAUGGACUGCAGCAUCGUGAUUCCACCCACUGAGAUCCAGGACAAGGCAAUGUUGGAGUCAAUAAUUGACUUCCAGAAGAAGAUGCUGCGUGAAAGACUCCGUCCCACUGACACCCGCCUUCUGUUUGGAGAAGCCGCCGAUGCGGCUCCUGAAGGGCCAAAGGAGGACCCUCUGGCCCGUACAGGCUAUCCUUUUGGUGGAAUGGUGAAUGACAUCAAGCGCCGUUACCGCCACUACCUCAGCGACUACGCAGACGCUCUGAACCCUCAGGUGCUUGCUGCCAUCAUCUUCAUCUACUUUGCUGCCCUGUCACCUGCCAUCACCUUCGGAGGGCUUCUAGCGGACAAAACAGACAGAAUGAUGGGAGUCUCAGAGCUUAUGGUCUCUACCUGCGUUCAGGGUAUAAUCUUCUGCCUCAUUGCUGCCCAACCUGUCCUUGUCAUUGGAUUUUCUGGACCUCUGCUCCUGUUUGAAGAAGCUUUUUUUGUCUUCUGCACAACCCAAGGCAUCGAAUACAUUGUGGGCCGUAUCUGGGUGGGCAUGUGGCUGGUGGUGAUCGUGAUUGUAGUUGUGGCAGUGGAAGGCAGCUUCUUGGUCCGAUUCAUUUCACGCUUCACCCAAGAAAUCUUCUCAAUCCUCAUUUCACUCAUCUUCAUCUACGAGACCUUCGCCAAGCUCAUGAAGAUCUUCAAAACUCAUCCUUUGAUUCUGAACUACGAACAUCUUAAUGACACACUGGAUAACCCCUUCCAUCCAGUCAUCAAGGAGCACAUAGAGAUUCAUUCAGAUGGCAAUGUGACCUUUAAAGAGAUGGAGGUUGAAAGGGCAUACCCCAACACUGCCCUGCUGUCUAUGUGCCUUAUGUUUGGCUGUUUCUUCAUUGCAUACUUCCUUCGUCAGUUCAAGAAUGGUACCUUCCUCCCAGGCCCGAUUCGUCGCUUGAUUGGAGAUUUUGGAGUCCCUAUUGCCAUUUUCUUUAUGAUCGCAGUGGAUAUUAGCAUUGAGGAUGCUUACACUCAGAAACUGGUUGUGCCAAAAGGUAUUGAAGUGACCAACCCCAAAUCCAGAGGCUGGAUCAUCAACCCCAUGGGAGAAAAAAAGCCUUUCCCUAUUUGGAUGAUGGGUGCCUGCUGUGUUCCUGCUCUGCUUGUCUUCAUCCUCAUUUUCAUGGAGUCCCAGAUUACUACGUUGAUUGUGAGCAAACCUGAGAGGAAGAUGGUGAAAGGCUCUGGUUUUCAUUUUGACCUGCUCCUCCUGGUCACCAUGGGCGGCAUUUCCUCCAUCUUUGGCGUCCCCUGGCUGAGUGCUGCCACUGUGCGGUCUGUCACCCAUGCCAACGCUCUGACCGUCAUGUCUAAGGGCCCCAAACCGGUGAUCGAGAAGGUGAUUGAGCAGAGGAUCAGUGGUAUGAUCGUGGCCCUUAUGGUUGGAGUUUCGAUUUUCAUGGAACCGAUCCUGCGGAUGAUUCCAAUGACCGCCUUGUUUGGUAUCUUCUUGUACAUGGGUAUCACCUCUCUAAAUGGUGUCCAGAUGUGGGACAGGAUUCUUCUUCUCAUUACACCCAAGAAAUACCAUCCAUCUGAUGCCUAUGCUACCAGGGUGAAAACAAUGCGGAUGCAUAUCUUCACUCUGAUCCAGAUUUUGUGCUUGGGAGUCCUUUGGCUUGUUAAGCAGAGCACCUUCUCAUUGGCACUGCCUUUCUUCCUCAUUCUCACCAUCCCAUUGAGGAUCUUAAUGACCGGCCGGAUCUUCACUCCACUGGAGAUGAAAUGUCUGGAUGCAGAUGACGCCAAAGUGAAAUUCGAUGACGAAGACAUGGAAGAUGGAUUGGCGUAAAAACCAAUAUGAAGAAAAACCACUCAAUUGUAAUUACAAACUGUUGUCAUUUUUAUCUUUAAAAUAUUACUUUUCAUAUCCAGCAUUCAGGCAAUGUUUCUGUUGAUGAACCAGGCAAAGGCUUAAAUAGAAAAUAGUAUUUUAACUGAAGACAUUUUUGUUUUAAAAAGGAGGCACUUUUUCCUAUAAAAACAUGUAUCCUUCUUUUUCCUUCCAGUACAUAUUUAACAUAUGGAUUUUCCCAUUUGCCUUUGUUCUAACACAGGAUUUUUUUGCUCGCGCUAAUUUAUUUUUCUAAGUUUUUGAAAUAAUCACAAAUAGGAAUUUCUGUGACUUUCACUAGUGCCUUUUCCCACAGCCUGGAGUAUUUUUCUCAAUAUGUUUUAAGCUAUUUUUAUUAAGUUUGCUCCAAUUGAUUUCUUGUGUGUCAUAGUAUUUUCUGUUCUUGUUUGAAAUGUGUAUAAAAAACGAUGUGAGUUGCCUAUAUGAGAGUUUAGAGUAUAAUUACUUUAAAAAAUAAAUCAAAAUCAACGAACAAUAAAGGGAAGUUAAUAAAGAGAUGCAUUUUUAGUCAAUUGCUGGAGCAUAGCAUCAGGAAAGUAUUCUUGUAAAUGACCUACAUUGUUCGUUAAACGUGUGUGCUUAAACUGUACAUUGCUUUGGAUUAUUUUAAUACAAAUAAAAUCAGUGUUUAAAA